UCUGCUCUGCGGGCGGAGCGCUGUCCCGGGGCGUCUCCCGCUGCCAGGACCUGCGGGCGGCGGGGACCCUGCUGGGCUGCGGCCACCAUGACGGGAAGCCACCUGGCGGACGCCUUGGCCUCGGCGGCCUGCCUGCGCUGCGGGGCCCGCUUCGGCGCGGCCGAGCGCAUCGUGCACAGCGGCGGCGAGCUGUUCCACGAGCGCUGCUUCGUGUGUGCCCAGUGCUUCCGGCCCUUCCCCGACGGCCUCUUCUACGAGUUUGAAGGCCGGAAGUACUGCGAGCACGACUUCCAGAUGCUGUUUGCUCCGUGCUGCGGCUCCUGUGGCGAGUUCAUCAUUGGCCGCGUGAUCAAGGCCAUGAACAACAGCUGGCACCCAGGCUGCUUCUGCUGCCAGCUGUGUGGAGUGGAGCUGGCUGACCUGGGCUUCGUGAAGAACGCGGGCAGGCACCUGUGCCGGCCUUGCCACAGCCGGGAGAAGGCCAAGGGCCUGGGCAAGCAGGUCUGCCAGCGCUGCCACCUGGUCAUCGAGGAGCAGCCCCUCAUGUUCGGGAGUGACCCCUACCACCCCGACCACUUCAGCUGCAGCCACUGCAGGAAGGAGCUGACCGCUGAGGCCCGGGAGCUGAAGGGGGAGCUCUACUGCCUGCCGUGCCACGACAAGAUGGGAGUCCCCAUCUGCGGAGCCUGCCGCCGGCCCAUCGAGGGCCGUGUGGUCAAUGCGCUGGGCAAGCAGUGGCAUGUGGAGCACUUUGUCUGCGCCAAGUGCGAGAAGCCGUUCCGGGGGCACCGGCACUAUGAGAGGAAGGGGCUGGCCUACUGUGAGACCCACUACAGCCAGCUCUUCGGGGACGUCUGCUACAGCUGCAGCCAUGUGAUCGAGGGUGACGUGCUGUCAGCCCUCAACAAGGCCUGGUGUGCCAGCUGCUUCUCCUGCUCCGCCUGCCACAGCAAGCUCACCCUCAAGAACAAGUUUGUGGAGUUUGAUAUGAAGCCCGUGUGUAAGCGAUGCUACGAGAACUUCCCCCUGGAGCUGAAGAAGCGGCUGAAGAAGCUGUCGGACCUGGCUGCCCGCAAGACCCGCCCCAGCUCCCCCUAGGAGGCCUCCUCUCAGCCUCAUCUGCAUCCUCCUGCUGGGCUUGCCCUGCCCUCCCUCUGUCAGCAUCCCCCUCCCUGUCAGCAUCCCCCUCCCUGUCAGCAUCCUCCUCCCCUCCCUGUCAGCAUCCCCCUCCCUGUCAGC